CCAAAUACGCGCUUAACGUCACUUGAAACCCGGAUCCUAUUUUGAGGCGGACAAUAACAUAGGCUAACUGGCUGGUGGCUAAUCGCGAGUGAACAUCAGUCAUAACUGUGUGAAAACAGCAAGUUUAAGCGGGCCCUAGAAAUAGGAAAGGGUCCAAAAGGUGAAUAAAUGUCUGAUGCAUCAGGACCGCCUAAUAAAAAGGAAGAAGAAGACACUACAUCUGAACCGGAGGAGCAAUCCGACGACAGCAGUGAGGAGGAAGCAGUUGGAAACUCAGAGAUGGACUUCCUGCGGAAUUUGUUUUCUCGCUCUUUGGGCCUCGGCUCAACAGAAAAGGUUUUGGAUGAUUUGACUUUGGAAGGAGUGGCGCAAUACAUUCUAAGUGGCAAAUGUAAAAAUAUCAUCUGCUUGGCUGGUGCAGGCAUAUCAACAUCGGCUGGGAUUCCCGAUUUUCGCUCACCCGGUACUGGUCUGUAUGCAAACCUGCAGCAAUAUAACCUUCCAUACCCAGAGGCCAUCUUCCAGUUAGAUUACUUUAAGAAACAUCCAGAGCCCUUCUUUGCCUUGGCCAAGGAGCUUUUCCCUGGAGAAUUCAGGCCGACCGUCUGUCACUACUUCAUGAAGCUGCUGAAAGACAAGGGUCUUCUCAAACGCUGCUACACGCAGAAUAUCGACACACUGGAGCGCGUGGCCGGGCUUAAGGGCGGCGAUCUGAUUGAAGCUCACGGAACGUUUCACAAGUCCCACUGCGUCAAAUUCACCUGCCGCAAAGAGUACGACCUGGACUGGAUGAAAGAACAAAUCUUUUCGGAUGACAUUCCAAAAUGUGAGAAAUGCAACAGUCUGGUCAAACCAGAUAUCAUCUUCUUUGGAGAGAGCUUGCCUGUGCGGUUCUUUACCUCGAUGAAGACGGACUUCCCCCGCUGUGAUCUUCUCAUCAUUAUGGGCACGUCUCUGCAGGUGCAACCUUUUGCAAGUCUGGUCAACAGGGUUUCCAAAACCUGCCCCAGGUUGCUCAUCAACAUGGAAAAAGCCGGCCAGUCUGACCCUAUGCUAGGUAUGCUGGGUUUUGGAGGAGGGAUGGACUUUGACUCAGACAAUGCUUACAGAGAUGUUGCUCAUAUCAGUACAUGCGAUGACGGCUGUAUGGCACUAGCUGAGCUGCUGGGAUGGAAGGCUGAGCUGGAAGAAUUAGUCAAGCGAGAGCACGCCAGAAUCGACGCUCAGGACGUGGAAGGAAAGUCGAGCCAGAGCCAAGGAGCAAGCUCUUCUUCAGUGGCACCAGAGUCCAAAUAAGAAGUGUAAUCUUUAAGAAAGCUAGAUGAUGGUAGAAGUUGUCCUUUGAAAGGAGAUUAUUAUGGCUAUAUUUAUUGUUCACAAAUGACGCUCUGUGUACACUAACAUGCUCUAAACUGCAUUUAUUUUGCACUUCAAUGAAAAAUCUUAUGUCUGUUCAGUUUUUUUUUUGAUACCGUAUACCACACAGCUGUUUAUUUUCCUGUGAGGUGUGCCAAUACAUUUUAGUGAGUUGACAGUGAUGGGUAAUCAAGAUCAAAACAUAUAUUGAUCUAAUUGAGUGCAAAUUUACUGAUGCUUUAUCAUGGCCAUUCCACUGAAUCGGUUGAUUUGGGUCCCUAGGAAAUAAAAUGCAUAUCAAUUCCCGAUAAAAUUAAUAUAUUUUUUUUUACUAAGCAAAGUGUCCUGUGGAUUGAACCGAUUGCAUAUUAUAAAUAUAUAUAUAUAUAUAUAUAUAUAUAUAUAUAUUAUUAUAUAUAUAUUAUAUAUAUAAAUAUAUUGCAUAUAUUUAAAACAAUUUAAAAUAUUAAUUUAAGCUACUUUGACUUUACCAUGAAAUAUAAUACCUGUAAUUUAUAAUACAUGCAUAAUAUUUUGUAUAGAUCACUAUUAUUAUUGAAAUAAUUUUUAAUAUUAUUAUUAAUAAUAAUAUCAUGCAUUCUUUAUUUUACUUUAUUUUAUUUUCAUUCUCUUUGAAAAAAAAGCAUUACAUUUAAUUAUUAUGAGUCCAUGCUCAAUAAAAAUAAUUAAGUCAAUAAAUAAAUUGUAUUUUUUUAUAUCUGAUACUUCCGAUGUCCAACCAUAUGUUUUAUUUAAAAACAACAAUUUGGUUAUAUUUCACAACUAAGUCGUCACUGUUACCCUAACUAAAUUUGGAAUAUUCAACAAGUAACAUGAUCCACAGGAAGUUGCAUAAUUCAGCUCCUAUUCAAGCCAUGUGACCGCCUAAAGUAGGUCCACUCAUUUAUGUUUCUGUAUUUCCGAAGAUACUGUUUACGACAUUAAUCAUUGAAUAAUUUUGAUUUGCUAUUUUUGAAAAAAAAAAUGGAUUUACUGUGGCUGGGGUCAACAUCUGAUUAGCAUAAACGCUAUGUCAAUUUUGUGUAUUUGCUAAUUGUAUGCUAAAAUCUUACUCCUGUUAUUUUCGGUCGUGGCACUCAAAUGGGGCAUUUUAGGCUCGUUUUGGCUAAUCGACAUUGUGUGUAGUUCAUCAGAUUGAAAGUUGGAAAAAAGACAGACAAUAGGUUUAUUUUAGGAGAAUUACAACAACUAAGUAAUAUGGGGGAAUCAUAUAACCAGUCUGCUUGGUUUUAUCUAACAUGGUUUCUCUUGUUACAGUCAAAAAUAAUUAUGUCAUGGACUAACAAUGGACAAUUUUGUACUGUAAGUAAAGUGAGGUGGGUCGUCAGUAAUAACAGUGCAAUCUUUUUUUGGGGGGGGUGAUGGGUGAUGUUGCAGUUUUGAAAUAUUUAAUUUGCUUGGACAGAAAUUGCAAUAUUAGGUGUGUUGAAUCAAAAA